CGCGGCGCCCAGAGACCUGGGCUCGGCAGUACCCAUGGUGCUUCCCGGCAGAGCCAUGGCCACUUUCCGCUUGGCCCUCAUCCAGCUUCAGGUCUCUUCCAUCAAGUCAGAGAACCUCACUCGAGCCUGUGGCCUCAUCCGGGAGGCAUCGAAGCAAGGAGCCCAGAUAGUCUCCCUGCCUGAAUGCUUUAAUUCUCCAUAUGGCACAAAAUAUUUUCCUGAAUAUGCAGAGAAAAUUCCUGGUGACUCCACACAGAAGCUUUCUGAAGUGGCAAAGGAGUGCAGCAUAUAUGUCAUUGGAGGGUCCAUUCCUGAAAAGGAUGCUGGGAAAUUAUAUAACACCUGCGCCGUGUUUGGACCUGAUGGAACUCUACUGGUAAAGCACAGAAAGCUCCAUCUGUUUGACAUUGAUGUUCCUGGGAAAAUCACAUUUCAAGAAUCUGAAACAUUGAGUCCUGGUGAUAGUUUCUCCACAUUUGAUACUCCUUACUGCAGUGUGGGCCUGGGUAUCUGCUAUGACAUCCGCUUCUCAGAGCUGGCGCAGAUCUAUGCACAGAGAGGCUGCCAGCUGUUGGUAUAUCCUGGAGCUUUUAAUCUAACCACCGGGCCAGCCCACUGGGAGUUGCUUCAGCGAGGCCGGGCUGUUGAUAAUCAGGUGUACGUGGCCACAGCAUCUCCUGCCCGGGAUGAGAAAGCCUCCUAUGUUGCCUGGGGACACAGCACCGUCGUGAGUCCUUGGGGGGAGGUCCUUGCCAAAGCUGGCACUGAAGAGACGAUCGUGUAUGCAGAUAUAGACCUGAAGAAGUUGGCUGAAAUUCGCCAGCAAAUCCCCAUUUUUAGCCAGAAGCGAUCAGACCUCUAUGCAGUGGAGGCCAAAAAAUCCUGAUGUUUCCGACAUGUCAUGAAACAGGAAGAUAUGUUUCUACAGGAUAAUCGACAAUCUUAUGAAUUCUUUAAUGGAAAUUUUUUAAAAAAUAAUUUCAGCCUUUUCCCUUCCUGGAAAGGGAAGCUCUGUUGGGAUGAUGGAACUAAUGCUGGCAUUCUCCAAACCAUAUAAAAUGGUCAAAAAGGGCUGGCAUUGAAGAACAGGAGGUGGGCGGUGGG